UCUUCCCGGACCGGGGCACGAACCCGCGUCCCCUGCAUCGGCAGGCGGACUCUCAACCACUGUGCCACCAGGGAAGCCCUGGAUUUCUUAAUCUCUAAGUCUGUUGCCUUGUCUUUUAAGUAAAGAUAUUAAUAUUGGCAAAAAGCAUUUGAGGACCUUUAAAGUGCCUGGUAUAAAGCCAUCAUUUAGUUCCUGUCUACUAUUAUUAUGACUUUCACUACUGUCAAUUUUUAAAUGCAUUUUAUGCUUUAGCCUCCCAGAGCUGUUAUCCUGGCUAAAACAGUUACAAGUAAAAUUGCAUAACCCUCCCACCAUCCAUUAUCCACCCAGCCAAGGACAAAUGGACAUGUGUGUCACCUGUGGCAGCCAAGAAGGUCUCUGUAAGGUAUUUGAAAUGAUCGUUAAUCCUGGAGAUAAUAUCCUCGUAAAUGAACCUAUUUAUUCAGGAACAAUUCACGCUCUGCAACCCCUGGGCUGCAACAUUAUUAACGUUUCCAGUGAUGAACACGGGAUUAUUCCAGACUCCCUCAGAGAAAUACUUUCCAAAUGGAAACCAGAAGAUUCAAAGAACCCUGAGAAAAACACCCCCAAAUUUCUUUAUACUGUCCCAAAUGGCAACAACCCUGCCGGGAACUCAUUAACAACUAACCGCAAAAAGGAAAUCUAUGAGCUCGCAAGAAAAUACGACUUCCUCAUCAUAGAAGACGAUCCUUACUAUUUUAUGCAGUUCAACAAGAAAUUCCUUACCUAUAGAAGAGUGGCUGGCUGUCUGUGCCAGCCCUGGGCGCCGACCUUUCUCUCCAUGGACGUUGAUGGGCGUGUCAUCCGAGCUGACUCUUUUUCCAAAGUCCUGUCCUCUGGGUUAAGAAUAGGGUUUAUCACUGGUCCAAAGCCCUUGAUCGAGAGAAUUGUUUUACACACAGAAGUUUCAACAAUGCACAACAGCACUUUCACCCAGCUCCUGGUAUCACAGCUUCUACACCAAUGGGGAGAAGAGGGCUUCCUGGCUCAUGUAGAGAGGGUUACUGAUUUCUAUAGGAAGCAGAGGGAUGCAUUAUUGGCAGCUGCAGACAAGUGGUUAAGUGGUUUGGCAGAAUGGCAUGUUCCUACUGCUGGAAUGUUUUUAUGGGUUAAAAUUAAAGGCCUUCAUGAUGUAAGAACACUGAUUGAAGAGAAAGCCUUUAAGAAAGAGAUAUUCAUGCUUCCUGGAUAUAAUUUCUACCUUGAUAGUUCAGCUCCUUGCCCCUACUUCAGAGCAUCCUUCUCUUUAGCUUCUCCAGAGCAGAUGGACAUGGCCUUCCAGGGAUUAGCUCAAUUUAUAAAGGAAUCUUUAUGAAGAAAUCAAACUCUUCAUAGCACUCACAGUUUUAAGAUAAAUUAGUUCUGUUUUAGCAGGAAGAAAUGAUUGUUGGUGUUAGACUUACAGAUUGGGUUUCACCAAACACGUCAUAUCUGUAGCAAUUUAACUAGACAACUUUUAAAGUGCCCUUGAACGCAUCAGAUUGCCAAAAUAUAUUUAUAAUCCACCUAUACAUGUUGAUAAAUUUUCAACCCAUGAAAAAAUAUUUUUAUCCUGGAUUUUAUUGUAAAGAUUUUUGUAGUUGCUUUAUCAUUUCCCAUAAAUUUUCUUUGAAAAUAACAUUUUUACAGUAAAUUAUUUGUAAGCAAACAAUCAUGUUCUAAAUGGUAUAUAAUGUGAACUUUUCCUAUUUUGAAGAAAAUGUAAUGAGAGCUUGUUGCAAAAAUUGUUGGAAUUUGACCGUUAUACAUAAUUUUUAGUAAGAGUACCACAGACAUUAUGUUAUGGCACAGAAAUCCAU